UUAUACAUAGGUACUUCAGUGCGAGUAAUACAGUCUGGGAGUCGGUGCUCCUUUUCAGUCGUUCAGUAUUUUCCUAUUUUCACGCAAGUUGAAAAUUUUCGAGUUUUAAAUUACGAGUAUGUUUUGGGUAUUAAGGAGAAGUAUAUUUUCGGACAAGGCGGCCGCAUUUUUCAAUGCGUUGAAUAAUAACAAUAAUAAUAAUUAUAGUAAUAAUAAUAGCAAUGGCAAUUCAACAUCUGCCGGUAAUAGCAAAAUAAAUAACAUGAAAAAUAUCGGAUACAAUAAAUUAUCUUCGUACGACGACUACAUAUUAGACGAGCAAAAUGGUAAUAUUGAAACUAGCGAUGAGAAAAGUAUCAUAGGCAAAUUCAACGCAGUUGUUGACUUGAACAAUACGUCCGAUUUCGAAGAAGAAUUAACCGACGACUCAGAUUACGACGAAUCUCUCACAUGUAACGUUUGCGAUAGAUCAUUUUACAAUCGUAAAAUGCUCGAGCAACACCAACAGAAGAAGCGUCACUUCGGGUGCUCCGCCUGCGACACGUUAUUCCCAUCGAUAAUGCAACUAGAACAUCACAAAGAAGAAUUCGAUCACUGGUCCGAUACGGAGACCAGUGCUUUGACUUGCCAUCAUCACCAUCAUCAUUACUAUCAUCAUCGUCAUCACCACUCGAAUCAUCAUUGUCACGAGGACGACGAUGACGAAGAUGAUUACGAUGACGAGGACUCGUACAUAGAAUCGGGCGAGGAAAUGGAACGAUUGCUGUAAAUUACCAUGUGGAUGACGAUAUUACGAUUUACAUAGAUUAGGUUUUAAAUACUCUUCCCUCCCUCUUCUCUCUUUACCUACCUACGUUCUACGUUAUAUUUGUGUACUGAAAUACUGAAUUUUUUCUCACAAUCGGAUUGUAAUUCGGUUUUUGUAAGUUUCGAUUUCGAAUCGUGUAUAUUUUUUUCGACGAGGAUGCAAGAAGAAAAAUAUGGUAUAUUAGAUGAUACAUAUCACGAAUAAAUUUUGGAGUACUUCGUCUCGGAGUAUUUAUACAAAAUAAGUUGUUGGAAAAGAUAUCAAGAAAAAUAUUACGUUAUCUUAAUUUCGACGUAGAUAAAACUUACCCUUUAUCUGUUUGAUUUUGAAAUUUACGAGGCAAAACUCGUUUAAAACUUUCGGUACUGGAAACAAGGUGGCGGAAGGCGAAUUUCGCAGCCACGAAAUCGGUACGCAAUUUAAUAUAAGUGCCAUUCUCGCGUCUCGUGUCGUCGUCGCAUUGCCGCAAUUAAAGCACCUCGCUCGGAUGCGGCAAACGAUUCUAAUUUGUUUAUCACCUUCUUUAACUAUGUGUUUGUUGGAAUCGAGGUUUAAAUUUUGGAUUAAAAUUGUACCUACUUUCUGCCGAACUGAAUGCUCUCACAUCUUCGCAGGUACUUCUCUAUGGCAAAAUGGCAAAACGCCUUCUAAGUAUUUUAAACCGCAAUAUGGUAAAAGGCACAGACUUCCUAACGAAUUCCAACAACGACGCGAGGGCGAGGCGUAUAGCUCGAAUGCCAUCAGUUUAUAUAAAUGAUAAAUUGUGGCCGAAAUUGUUCCAAAUAUUCAUAACAUUUACCUCGGCCGCGUUCGUAUAUACUUAUUCUUGCUCAGUAAACAAUCAAGCGUACUACGGUCGUGUCGAGCCCGAGACCAAAUUUUAAAUUAAUAGCAAAUCCGACUGGCUGAGAGAAAGAGAAGUUUCUCAAAAUGAUGCGAUUAAUUUGCUCAACUUUGCCGUUUACGUUUCGUCCUGCUCGCUGAAACAAUAUUCGGGUAAUUUGCGGACGAGUACGAGAGAAAGAGAAUCGGUUCGGGUCUCCAUUGUUUCCGAAUAUUAUACCUAUAAUCCUGCGUAUAUAGGCAAAGUUUUUCCUCCGUUUGUAGAUAUUUUAUUGAAAGAAAUGCCAUCCAGGUAUUCAAUUUGCUAUAGUUUCCUAUACAUUUAUAUACGCCGUACUUGUAACUAUUGAUCUGUGUAAAAGGUUCCGUGCCAUUAUACUUUGGAAUAAUUGUCGAUUUUGUCGAAAAGUUUUCACCAAAUUACAAAUUGAUACUUGGGAAAUUUAGAAUUGACCUGCGUGUUUAUACAGGGUGUCCUCAUGAUCACAGAACGUGUUUUUUUUUUUCAUGAAAUCGGAAAGAGUGUUACGAUAAAUCAGAGGAAACGAAAAAACAAUAAAAAAUAUUUAUUUAAAGUCGUCAAAAAAAUAAGCACGACUAAAAAAUCAAAAGGACUUCAAGACCUUUUACAUAAAAUAACAUCAAUGAUAGACGUACGUAAAGCGAAUGACCGCGUCAAAACAAUAUUUACAAUCGAAAGACGAUUGAAAAAAAUAUAAAAUUUAGGAACCGUUGGUGGCCAAAUAUUUCUAAUAAAACGUAACGAACGAAAAUAAAAUUUCCCGAAUAAUAAACGAAAUAAAUUUACGAAUAUCUCAACACUCCCUGUUACGAUAAAUCAGAGGAAACGAAAAAACAAUAAAAAAUAUUUAUUUAAAGUCGUCAAAAAAAUAAGCACGACUAAAAAAUCAAAAGGACUUCAAGACCUUUUACAUAAAAUAACAUCAAUGAUAGACGUACGUAAAGCGAAUGACCGCGUCAAAACAAUAUUUACAAUCGAAAGACGAUUGAAAAAAAUAUAAAAUUUAGGAACCGUUGGUGGCCAAAUAUUUCUAAUAAAACGUAACGAACGAAAAUAAAAUUUCCCGAAUAAUAAACGAAAUAAAUUUACGAAUAUCUCAACACUCCCUGUUACGAUAAAUCAGAGGAAACGAAAAAACAAUAAAAAAUAUUUAUUUAAAGUCGUCAAAAAAAUAAGCACGACUAAAAAAUCAAAAGGACUUCAAGACCUUUUACAUAAAAUAACAUCAAUGAUAGACGUACGUAAAGCGAAUGACCGCGUCAAAACAAUAUUUACAAUCGAAAGACGAUUGAAAAAAAUAUAAAAUUUAGGAACCGUUGGUGGCCAAAUAUUUCUAAUAAAACGUAACGAACGAAAAUAAAAUUUCCCGAAUAAUAAACGAAAUAAAUUUACGAAUAUCUCAACAAAGAGAAUGCUUUAAAAAUUCAUAAUCAGAAUUUCAUGUUGGCUAAAUUUAUUUUUCGAAUUUUGAUGCAUUUUUGAAAAUUUAAAAAUGCUGGAAAACCAUCAUUAUUGAACUCAACCCCCCUCUCCCCUUGAAAAGGGUGGGGCGGUUUUUAUUCAAUGCUCCAAAAUUUCAACAAAAUGUCAAAUAUUGAGUGACACAUUGUUUUAUAGGGUAUUGAGACAGAAAUCACAAUUUUUACACGUUGAAACUGAAAGCUAAAAUCAUACACUUGAGUGUCCUAUUUUUGAUCUUAAAAGUCAUUUUUAGCAAUUCUGAAGCCUCCAGAAAAUGUUUGAAAAAAAAAACUCCAAAAUCAAUCAAGUUACAAACUAGAUAGAGCGCAGCUGUAACAGUGUGCAUGAUCUAUGUUAUUAGGGAAGCACAACAUAAUUUCCAAAAAAAAACAAUACAACUUUGGAAAAAGCACAACGCGAUUUCGAAAAAAAACAACGCGAUUUUGAUUUUGAAAGAACAACAAGACAUCAAAAAAAGCACGACGUGAUUUUGAAAAAAGAGGACACAACACAAUUUUGAAAAAGCACAACACAAUUUUGAAAAAAAAGUACAACGCCAUUUUGAAAAAAAGCACAACGCAGUUUCAAAAAAAAUCACAACACGAUUUAGAAAAAACGAGAUUUGGAUUUCAAAACCACAACGUGAUAAUGCGAUUUAAAAAAAAACACUCAGGGUGCAAUUUUGAAAAAAAAACAACAUGAUUUUGAAAAUAAAGCACAACAGGAUUCUGAAAAAAAGCAGUAGGUACGCUAUUUUGAAAAAAAAGCACAACGUAAUUUGGAAAAAAACAACGCAUUGGAUAAAAAACAACGUGAAAUCGAAAAAAAGCACAACGCGAUUUUUAAAAAAACACAACAGGAUUUUGAAUUGAAAGCACAACACAAUUUCAAAAAAAUAAGCACAACAUAAUUUUGAAAAAAAGCAACGCGAUUUUGAAUAAAAAACAACGCAAAAUCGAAAAAAAGCACAACGCAAUUCUGAAAAAAAAAUCACAGCACAAUUUUGGAAAAAAGCACAACACAAUUUUGAAAAAGAAGCACAGCUAAAUUUUGAAAAAAACGCGAUUUGGAUUUCGAAAACACAGCGCAAUUCUGAAAAAAUAAGCACAACACGAUUUUGAAAAAAAAAGCACAGCGCAAAUUGUGAUUUGGAUUUUGAAAGCACAACGCUAUUUUGAAAAAAAUUAGCACAACGUGAUGUUGAAAAAAAUCACAACGUGAUUUUGAAAAAAAAUCAUAGCACAAUUUUGAAAAAAAGCACGCGCGAUUUUGAAAAAACGUGAUUUGGAUUUCAAAAGCACAACGAGAUUUUGAAAAAAAGCACAACAGGAUUUUGAAAAAAAAGCACAAUGGGAUUUUGAAAAAACGUGAUUCGGAUUUCAAAAGCACAACGGGAUUUUGAAAAAAAAGCACAACGAGAUUUUGAAAAAAAAGCACAAUGGGAUUUUGAAAAAAAGCACAACAAGAUUUUGAAUGAAAAGCACAAUGCGAUAUCAAAAAAAAAGGAAAACGCAAUUUCAAAAAAAAGCACAACGCGAUUUUGAAAAAAGGCACAACACAAUUUCAAAAAAAACAACACGAUUUAGAAAAAAGCACAACACGAUUUUGAAAAAAAAAAAGCACAGCCAAAAAUGCAGAAAAAAAGUAGCCCAUACCAUAAAUUGAUAAAAAAAAAAUUAGAAUAAUGGAGCAAAAUAAUUUUUCGAAAAUUGUUUGAAAAUUUAUCAGAAUAAAAUUCACUAAAAAUUGAUGAAAUAAAAUUAAAAUAUGAGAGAAAUUUUGCAAAAAUGUUCAAAAUGCUUACUUAUGAAAAAAAAUUGUGAUUGGUUGCAAAAAAUGGUUCCAAUAUCGAAAUGAAAUGAAACUCUGAAAAAAUCACAUCAAGUAGAUAUACCUACCAAAUAAAUACCGAAGAAUUACGUAUCGUUGAAAUUACUUGAAAGUUACCAAAGAUUGAUGAAAUUUCGGCGAUGAUAGUGCCAUUAACUCCAAAAUUGUGAAAAAUCCUGACAGGAUAAAAUUUAAUUUUUUCGUGAUCAGAUCGAAAAAUUCUAUAAAAAUCACCCACCGGUACGUAAUUUUGAAAAAAAAGUCGUCCAAAGUUGGAAAUUUUACCAUCCAAAAGUCAUCAAGAGGUCCACCUUUUUAAUUUUUUCAAUUGAGCAGACAGCUUGGCUCAGUUGAAUCCUCUAAAACUGAUUUUGGAUUUUGAUUUCAAUGACCUAUAAGCUGAGCAGAAUCUCAGAUUAUCUUUUGAAACCUGACCAUUUUUUUGCAAAAUAGGUCGAGUUUUGGGGGAGGGGAAGGGAGAGCGAAUUGAGGCCCCACAUCGGGGGGAUAUUGGAAGAGCCAACUCAAAAAUUAAGUCGAUAUUCGUAUUCAGCUUUUUCAAAAACGUUUGAUUAUAAAACUGGAUUUUUUCAAAAUUUUCAAAUUAUAGCUUCAAAAUUCAGCGAGCUUUUGAAAAUUGAGAUUUCAAAAAAAUGUCCACUUUUGAACUUUUGCAUUUUUUGGAAAAUAUUUUCGAAACUACUCCUAAUUUCUUUAAAACACAGCCAACACAUUUUCUCUCAGUCACAGCAAUUGUGAGUACUUGGACUUCAAAACAGGCAAAUUUGAUGAGGAACUUCAAGUGCUCAAAAAUAAAAUUCCGCCACAGCUGGCAUAAGAGGGAUGGGAGGAGGGGGGGGGGGGGUUAGUUAUGACAAUUUUCCUUUUUCCCCAAUGCGAACCAUACAAAAUUUUUUGAACAAAAUCAGAGCACUUACACCCAAAACACAACGAAUUUUACAUGGAAUUGCCCUUUUGGAUAACCAACAUUCAUAUUAUCUUUUGUGAUUUUUUGGACACCAGGUAUAUAGAACUGAAAUUUCAAAAUUGAAAAGUGAAAUAAUAACCUAACUAUGGAUAUUUUUAAUAGAAUUAAUUUGAACGAAUACUUACAUAUUUGACUCGUACAUAUCGCAAAAAAUUGACCAUUAUCAUCACAAUAAAACAUAAUUAUACCGUUCAAAAAAAACAGUUUUUAAUUUUUAUUUUAUUUUAAAUUAUUUUCUUAUUUUUGAAUAAGUUAAUUACACAUUGUUAAAUUCUGUCGUAUUGUUGAUUUUUUUGUAUAUUUUUUUCUUUUUUCUUUUUUUUUUGUAAUAAUUUUCAUUAUUCUCGAUUGUAAGUAUACGAUUUUCCAUCGUUCGAUGUAUCGAAAAUUUUUUUUUUAAUAUUUACGUAAGUACACAAAUAUUAUUACGAAAUUCUUUAAUUAAAAAUUGAGAACAAUUCUUCCCAAAUGACUUCCACUCAACUGUUUAAUUUUUUUUAUAGAUAAUAUAGUAUACCUAAAAGAAUUGCUUGAUCGUGUAUUCGUGUAUCAAUAAUCAAUAUUUUUACGUAUUUUUCUGUGUAUAAGAAAUAAGAUUCCAUCUCGUACUUUUGAUUUCAGUUACCUUUCGUACAUAUGUGAGUAUUACUUAAGUAUGUACCUUACCUAUUGUUGUAUGUUUGUCUGCAUACUUUUUAGUUACCCUAUCUCCCUUUUCCCUCUCCUGUUCCUCUUUUCCAAUUUGUAAGUUACUAAUUUAUUACGAUUGAUACCUACCUAGAGAUACCUACAUACCUACGUACGCUAAUUUUACACAUAUCGGAAUCGUGUUACUUACCUAUACUGGUAUUACUGGAACAUAUAAAUUUAUUUUUUAAUAUGGAAAUGAUGAUACUCAUUAUUGAUAGCAUUUAACAUCAUCCUUUAUUACUUGGUAGAGAAUAGAUUUAUUUACUAUGUUUUAAAUUUAACAAUCGCAAGCGACCCUUGGGCUGCUUCAACUUUUACGAAUAUAUUUGAUGUUCUCAUUGAA